UCAAACAAAACAGCAACUUUUUCUUCUCCUUCUCCUUCUUCCCCCAUUUUUUCUCCUCACUCUCCUUCUUCUCCUCUGUUUCUCGUUCUUUCGUUUUCGUUUCUUCUCGCGGGUUUUUGUGAAGCCAAAGCGUGCAAGAAAGACAGAAUCCGAGAGACCGAUUUUGUUUUUUUUGCUGUUAAUUGCUUCGUGGGGAGUGUGGAAAUAAAAGGAGGAAAAAAAAAUUCAUUAAUAUUCAUAUUCAUUCGAAUUAAUUGCAUUAAUUUUGAGAGAAGAAGGAGAAACCAAAAAAGGAGCGGUUUUUGCGAUCUGGGUGUGCGCUGUUUUUUGGCGUCAUUCGAUGAUAAAGCAUCAUCACCACCACCGCCACCAUCAUCAUCAUCAUCAUCAUCAUCAUCAUCAUGUUUUGUGUCAUGGGUUUUGCUGAUUUGAAUCAUCACCACUCGCCACCCCGCCAGGGCUUUGUUGUUUUGUGCAGCGCACGCGGCUUGUGUUGUGUGAGGAGCAUGCGUUAGAAGUUAGAACAACAACAAGUGUUGUUACUUCACGAUGUUCUAUGUUGUUGUUUUGCUUUCGUGUAACGGGCAUUGAUGGAGGAUUAUAAGAACAGGCAUAGUUAUCAGCAACAGCAACAGAAACAAGAAGAAGAAGAAGAAGAGAAAGAAGUAGUGUGUGAGAAGAUGGAGAGGUACCCUAGGGAUUUGCUUCAAGGAUUUUCCUUGAGUGGUGUUACUACUGUUAGGGAUGGUAAUAAUAAUAACAACAACAUUAACAAUAACAUGAUGCAUCAACAUCAUCAUCAUCAUGUUCUUCAUCACCAUCAUGAGCAACAGCAACAGCAGCAUGAGGUGGAUGAUGAAGAGGUUGAGUUGAACCUUGGUCUUUCUCUCGGUGGAAGAUUUGGGGUGGACAAGAACGCCAAAAAAAAGAAGCUUUUGCGUUCUUCUUCUGUGGUGGGGACAAUGCCUCUUUUCCGGGAGGACGAUGCGGUGGCGCCGUCGGCGGCGGCGUUCCCGGCGCUCAUGAGGACUUCGUCUCUGCCGACGGAGACUGAGGAGGAGUGGCGGAGGCGGAAAGAGAUGCAGACGCUGCGUCGGAUGGAAGCGAAAAGACGCCGGUCGGAGAAGCAGAGGGGAUCCCGGGAGGUCGCCGGCGCCGGCGAGGAGGUGGAGGCAGGGAGGAGUGUGGCAAUGGGAUUCAAUAAGUUCGGUUCUUCGGCGGAGGCGGCGGUGCCGCCGCCGCCGGGGUGGGGUGUGCCAGGAAAGCAAGUUGUUCUUGGUGAUGUGAUGGGGAAGGGAAAGGGGUUUCAAGGAUUGUUUGGGCAACCAUCUUCUCACGGCUCAGCUGAUUCUCAAGGAGGAAGCUCUUCAUCACUUUCUGAAAUGGAUAGCAAGGCUUUUCUUGGAUCAAGUAGCUGUGGUGAAGCAAAAAGCCCUAUUAGUAAUAUAUCAGCGCAAGAACAAAGCAGCCAGGAUCCUGCGGGUUCAGGGGGAAGGACGAAUGAGAAUGUGACAAGAACUUCCAAAGCUGAUCAGGGGGAGAAUCCAUCUAGGAAACACCAUCCUUCCCCGAAAACAAUGGGAAGACACAUUGGGACAAACUCAAUGGAAGACAUGCCUUGUGUAUUUACAAAAGGGGAUGGUCCUAAUGGAAGAAGAAUUGAGGGUAUUUUGUACAAAUAUGGUAAGGGGGAGGAAGUGAGGAUCAUGUGUGUGUGCCAUGGAAACUUCCUCUCUCCGGCGGAGUUUGUUAAGCAUGCUGGUGGCGGCGAUGUUGCACACCCCCUUAGGCACAUUGUUGUGAACCCUUCUGCUGCUCCCUUUUAGUGAUGGAGUUUCCUUCUUUCCCCUUCAAACUCUAGGGGCUGUAUUAUAGGUUAACAUUGAGGGAGUAAACAUUAGUAUGGCAGUUUCUUUUGUCUUUGUCUCCAUUUUUGCUUAGCUCUUGAAUGAAACAAUAUUUAUAUAUAAAUACAUGCCUCCCUUCUCCAGAAGGGAGGAAUUCCUCACUUCCUCAUCUUCAUCAGUUUUUUUGUUUUUUUAAUUUUUUUUUUUUUUGUGUGCCAAGGUGAUUGUUGAAGACUGAUUUUUUUGAGGAAUAGAUCACUGAGGUAGUAGGUUUUAUUGUCUCUUCAAAUAAAGUUUGGCAAAAUGUAUAAACUUGGGAUUAAACCCUUGUUGGGGACAUGUAUAAACUAUGGAAAAAUGUAAUUGGUUUGA